UUAUACACAUCUCCUGUGAUCUCCAAAGGCCACAAUAGCAAACUAAAUCAGUUUAAAGUGAGAACAUUCAACAUGGCCGUCGUCGGAUUCAGAUGAGUGAUCUCAAAUUCACACAAAUCCCCCGAUCCCAAAACCAUUUAUUGAAAUUUUCGGCUGCAUGCAUGACACAACCUUCAUCAGCAAACUACAACAUUUGUAUAUACAUUAUACAAGCGCUAUACUCACUACAGUCUACACUGUAUAAGAAUAAAUAUUAAUGAAAUAACUAGACUUAUUGUUGAGUAAAAUCAUGAGUACCUACUCAAAAUCAUGCAGUAGUGUAUACCUACUCAAAAACUUUCUCAUUUCCUGCGAUUCUUAUCUUUUUAGUCUAUUGUCUUUGACUAUUGACAUAAAUUUCACGCAGGCGAUUGUCUCCCCCCCGGCUUAUGUGUAUCGAUAAAUUGAUUAGCAAUACCUAACAUUAUAUACAUACUCUGUCUGCAGCUAAAUAUAUCCUGCAUGGGAAGAAAGUUUCAGCUGUCAAUGAUUUCUCACAGUAGUAAACCUGAAUGCUUCUUCAUAAUUCAAACUUGACACCCAUGCAUCAUUUCAUGCAUACAAAGUUUAAUUUUUCUGUCAGUAUGAGGACUUUGUCACGUAAAUAUAAGUAUAUAACCCACGCACUUAUAGUUCCUUUAUAUUAAUUGAACAUCCCGUUCAUAACUAUAUAAAAGCUUUAGUGUUCCAUGGCAACGAACUACAUAAAACGAAAAAAUUUAUAUUCAUCCGUGUACAUUGUAUAAAGACAUGCUUUAAUAAUGGUGUUUAUAAGAUGACAAACUACAAAUUUGUUUAGCAGAUAAAAAUUAUAUGACUACCGCUUUCAGUAGGAAUGAAAACUCGAUUGUAAUUAACCACUUUUGCACGAAUAUGCCAAAAAAAUGAAUAUGGUUCCAUAUAGUGGUUUUGUUAUUUGGGUUUUGUUAUUGCUUAGUUCAACUUGGCCACUGGUGGGCAGUACAAAGGCUCAUGGAGGUAGGGCUGGCAAAUUUUCCGUGUAUCGAGAUGUUAGAAUACGUAAAGAGUUCACAACAAUGUCCUAUGGUGAGAGAAAGAGAUUCGUCCGAGCUUAUAAGUUCGUAUCAACUCAUCAACCAUUCAAACGACGUUUCGAGUAUCUAGUUGGAUUACACCAAAGACUAUUCAAAAAGGUACAUGUUGAGAAACAAUUCUUUCCAUGGCACCGUUGGUAUUUGUUACAAUUUGAAAACCUGUUACGUAGAGUCGACCCUCGAAUUACAUUACCUUACUGGGACUGGAGCAUUCGCAGUCAGAGGCUUUGGGAAACUGGCAGAAAGUCUGUGUGGAAUAACUAUCCUUGGGGUCUGGGUGGAAAUGGCACAGGGAUGUUCAGCUGCGUUGACACUGGUCCUUUUAGUAAAAGAACGUGGCGUUUAGCCCCUAAAUCUGGAGGGGGGUGCCUUAGAAGAAACUUUAUAGGUCGAAUGCCAAGUGUAGUUACUGUUCACCGCACACUUCGUUAUACAGCAAAGCAGUUCAAAAUAUUCGAAGACCAAAUCCGAGAGUUUUACCACAACGAGCUUCACUGCUGUAUUCAAGGCACCAUGGAACUACCCAGCGCUAGCAACACGCCGGAGUUCCUUCUUCAUCACACAUUCAUGGAUAAACUAUGGUAUGACUGGCAGAGUAAAGGCCCUGGAUACAAAUUCAAAAUUGAAGAUAACCUGGCUUCAAGACUUAGAGGCUCCCACUACCAAGUUGGACAAUUUAUGGAUCCAAGCCACCUCGGGUACUCUGACACUUCCGUUUACUAUAAAGACCCUCUCCCCGGAUAUAAACGUCUCCACGCUGCAUUAGGACUAUUAGACCUAAAAGCCCUGAAAAUGCUGGAUUCCUACGAUUGGAAUUCGAAGUCAACAUGUUGUCCAAAAGAAAAUAACGAUGUGGAAAGGAAGGGUAGAGAAAUUGACAAAAGUCUAACGGAUAUUCCGCUUGAAGUCGCAUUGGAUUAUGGAGGUUGAACUGAAAAUUACUGAAACGGUUUAAACAAUCAAAAAGAUGAUGGACAAAGAUGUUCGGCUGCAGCAUAGUUUGGCAAACGAAAGUGCACCGUAUACAUCUUUGAAAUCCUUUUUUAGUCGAUAAUUGUAGCAAAUAUAGAAUAGAAGUUAUUCCGAAUUCCGAAAGUGCAUAAUAAAACUUAUCAAACUUCAA